GCUUUGAAUUCCCAGCUCAUGUGUUGCUGUAGUCAGACAUGAUAUUAUUGACAGUGAGAUGAGGGAGCAGUCACUGUGUUAAGGGUGGAGGUACACAACAGGUGACAAUACAACAUUUUCUAUCCAUCAUGGAUAAUGUCUCUCUAAUAACGUUGUUUGUUCUUUCAGGUUUCAAUGAAACAAAGGAUUUCCAAAUUGUUCUCUUCAUUCUCACUUUACUGUUUUACUGUUUCAUUGUGCUGGUAAAUGUUUGUCUUAUCGUCACCAUCAUGUUGGAUAAAAACCUGCAUGAACCAAUGUAUAUUCUACUGUGCACUUUCUGCAUGAAUGGACUUUAUGGGACGGCAGGUUUCUACCCCAAGUUUCUGUGGGAUCUGCUUUCUCCUGUUCAUGUUAUCUCUUAUUCUGGAUGCCUGGUUCAGGCUCUGGUUAUGUACUCAUUUGCCAGCAGUGAUCUGUCUAUUCUUGCAGUUAUGGCAUACGACAGAUAUGUGGCUAUAUGUCGACCCCUGGAGUACCACUCUGUCAUGUCAAAGCAACAAGUCUUAAAGUUAGUCUGUUUCUCCUGGUUGACACCUUUUUGUGUCAUAGGCACAAAUAUUUUUCUGACAUCUAGAUUAAAGUUAUGCAGCCGAUUUAUUACCAGACUUUUUUGUGUGAAUUGGGUUAUUGUCAAACUUGCCUGUUUCCCAGCUGACACUGUUGUUAACGGCAUAGUUGCAUAUAUUACAAUGGUCAUGUACAUAUUUAUUGGCUGUUUUAUAUUUUGGUCCUACAUGUAUCUCAUCAAAACAUGUGUGAAUUCUUUAGAAAACAGGAAAAAGUUCAUGCAAACAUGUGUGCCACAUUUAACUGCUGUGCUCACUUUUGUUGUGACCUUAGUUUUUGAUGUCAUGAAUAUGAGAUUUUCUUCAAAAGGUUUACCUCAAACCUUUCAAAACUUUGUUUCAAUACAAUUUCUUGUAAUUCCUCCAAUUAUGAAUCCUCUCAUAUAUGGUUUUAAGUUGACCAAAAUUAGAAACAGAAUUAUUGCUGUUAUUACUUUUAAAAGCAAAUAUUAA